UCCAGCUCAAGACGGGCAGGAUAGUGUCUUGCAGGUAUUCCAAGUGGAACUACACUAUUUCUGAACACAUCAAAUAAUUAUCUUAGUGUAGUCAUCUUUUAUUGACAGCGCUCUUGCCAUUGCUUACACAGAGAGUUGUAAGAGAAGCUCGCUCUUCCAAUAUACAUGGGAUCAACAUUUCUGACAUAAAAUUAAGCAGGUUAGUUUUUUUAUGUUUAUAUACAUAAAGUUGGUUCGAUAAACAGACGAAGCAACCCAAGGCCGAACGGACAACAUUGGUUAGGGAACAAUCAGAGCCAAAACCAAAUCGAAGUUCAGGAGACACUAAACAAAGCGAUCUCUCUUUUAGUUAGUUUGAGAAAAAUGCAGUUAAUCCCAAGUUUGACAUAAUUACACUGAUAUUUCUUUCAUUAAGUUUAAAGCAAUCAAUACUAUUGUAGAUGGUGGUACACUGAAAUAAAUAAAGAUAAAUAUUCAUUUUAGUAGAAAAUAUAUGACAAUAUCAUUUUUAAAUCUAUACAAUUCACGAAUUAUCAAUGAAAAAUGACUCAUGUUUUAUAUGAAUUAAAACCUUAACGCUGUGUUUGGUUUGGCGAUUUGGGGAGGGGAUUUGAAAAGGGAAAAUAAAAAGAUAUGUAAAACUCGAUGAAAUUUAGGCAUAUUUUUCCCAAAUUAAAUACAGCACAAGGGAGGUAACUGUAAUUAUGUAAAAGGAUUAACAGUAUUUUCUCUAAACUUCAUGGGAGGUGAGUGUAAUUUAUGCCCCCAAAAAAUGUAUAUGUAUUUAGUAACUCUCAUAUUCCUUCGUCUUGUCUAGCUAACCCAAUAUCGUCGUUUUGUCCCUCUUCAAGUUAAUACCGUGUGAGGAGAAAUAUGGAGAGUUAUUCUUUUCCUGUCAAGAACAAACACUAAUAAAUUAACAAAUAACAUAACAUAUUAUGAGCUAAAAUGUAAAUUAUGAGCUUUUGGUCUUUGAAAGAAAGGAAUACAAUUCUUGUACUUUUUACUUUACAUCUUCAUUUUUAUGUGCACACAUAUACAUAUUCAUGUAUUUGGGUCCAAUUGUUGUCACUUUGUCCAGCAGGACACACCCUAUUCUGCACUGCACCUGAAGAGUUUGUAGAAUCGAUUCAGACGGCACAAUGAAAGAUUCAAGUCCCUUACUUGGCUGUCAAGCGAGAAAAAAGAAAAAGAUGCUGAAGAAGUUGGGUCUUGGGAAGCAUAGGAAUUGUAGGUACGUACGUAAAGAGUUGGUAGGUAGCUAGCAAGGCGGAAGCUGAAGCUGAACAGAAGAAGAAGCUAGUGCAUGAAAAGAAUGGGGGAGCCGGAUGAGCAGAGAAUGGGGGAAAGGGAGCAGUGGGUCAUAAAAGUAAAUGAUGAACUGAAGUGCAUGGCAGAUACCCCGACAGAAAUUAAGCACUGGGAGAAGCGAUCCAUUUACAAAGUGCCUGCUUGCGUCACAGAUCUCAACAAGACAGCCUACAAGCCUCAGGCUGUCUCCUUCGGCCCUUACCAUCAAGGAGAGCCACAUUUGUUGCCCAUGGAGGAGCACAAGCACCGUGCUCUCCUGCAUUUUCUCAAGAGAUCCAACAAACCCCUUGAAUCCUAUGUCAACUCUCUGGCCCAAGUGGUGCAAGAUUUAAAAGACUCGUAUGAUUCGCUUGAUCCUGUGUGGCAAUCAGACACCAGCAACGAUCGAUUCUUGAAGCUCAUGAUUCUUGAUGGUUGCUUCAUGCUUGAAGUCUUGCGAAUGGCCACUCAAAGUCUGGAUGAUUAUGCUCACAAUGAUCCCAUCUUUAGCAAGCACGGAAAGCUCCACCUCAUGCCCUAUAUCAAGCGUGACAUGCUUAUGCUUGAAAACCAACUGCCCAUGCCCGUUCUCCACAACCUGCUUGCUGUUGAAAACCACAAAGCUGAUCAGCAAGGCAACGAAGAAGAAGAGUUUGUGAACAAGCUCAUUCUUAAGUUCUGCCACCCCAACACCCGGUUCCCACCUGACUCAUUAAGAAUGGGCAAAUGCUUGCACUUACUGGACGUGUACAGGAAGAGCCUACUUUGGGAAGACCGGUCCAACAAGGAAAAAAAAAGCCGGAAAUCAGGCCGCAGCGCAGACCAUGAAGGUGGUGGUGGGGACGAGAUCAUCAGGUCUGCAACGGAGCUCAACGAAGCUGGAAUCCGGUUCAAGAAAAGUAAGAGUGGAAGCCUGAAAGAUAUCUCAUUCAAAGGCGGGGUGCUGAAGCUCCCACUCAUUGUGGUGGAUGAUGCGACCGAGUCAAUGUUUUUGAACCUAAUGGCUUUCGAGCGGUUCCAUGUAGGGUCUGGGAAUGAGGUGACCUCCUAUAUCUUCUUCAUGGACAACAUCAUAGACAGUGCGGGCGACGUUAGCCUCCUGCACUCGCGAAGUAUCAUCCAGAAUGCCAUCGGAAGUGACAAAGCGGUUGCAAAACUCUUCAACUCCCUCUCCAAAGAUAUAACUCUCGACCCAGACAGCAGCUUGGAUGUGGUGCAUAAGAAGGUCCACAGGUACUGCAAGAAACAUUGGAAUGAGUGGCGUGCAAAUCUCAUUCAUACCUAUUUCAGGAAUCCCUGGGCCAUUCUCUCUGUAAUUGCUGCCGUCUUCCUUUUUGCCCUCACUAUUGCCCAAACAAUAUACACCGUUUAUCCUUAUUACCGAAAAUGAAGUGUGUAAACAAUACACACAAAAUUUGAUUGGUCCAAAUAUGUAGACACCAUACUUCAAAAAAGUGUAUUUUUUUAGAGUGAACAAAAUCAAAUUCCUUAUUACCACCCGCAUUAAUUGACCCAUUUUCAUU